AUGGGAUGCCAAGCUUUCAUAGCACCAUGGAUAGCCCCUUUGUCGUUGGCCCUGGCUGCUGGUGCAGGAGCGAUGCUGUGUUAUUUGUACGUAUCAGCUGUGAACCGCCUCAACGAUGGCGUCAGCAAAGGCGUUCUAGACCUCAUCGGGAACACGCCUCUAAUACGAAUCGCUAGCCUGUCUGAGGAAACUGGUUGCGAGAUUUUGGCCAAGGCUGAGAUGCUCAACCCUGGUGGCAGCGUCAAGGACCGUGUAGCGCUUCAAAUCGUGCGGGAGGCUCUGAGGGAGGGGCGGCUGCAACCCGGCAGCCUCAUCACGGAGGGGACGGCGGGCAGCACCGGAGUCAGCCUUGCAAUGGUAGCUGCAGCGCUCGGCUGUCGUUGUUCGAUUAUAAUGCCCGACGAUGCGGCUGUGGAGAAAGCCAACAUGAUACAUGCGUACGGCGCCACUGUACAGCGCGUACGGCCCGUAUCCAUCGUACAUCCGGACCAUCCUGUCAACGUAGCUCGCCGUAUAGCUGCCAGCACUCCGGGGGCCCUGUUCGCGGACCAGUUCGAGAAUGAAGCCAACUACCGUGCGCAUUUGAAGACCGGUGAGGAGAUUUGGCGCCAAACCCGGGGCCGAGUGCAGGCCUUCGUGUCCGGUGCGGGCACUGGCGGCACCAUCGCCGGGGUCUCCGUUAGCCUCAAGGCGAGGAACCCGCGGGUGAAGGUCUUUCUGAUCGACCCACCGGGAAGCUCCCUAUUCAACAAGGUGAAGCGUGGCGUGAUGUACACCUACGAAGAGGCUGAGGGCAAGCGCCUCCGAAACCCCUUCGACACCAUAACAGAGGGGAUAGGCAUCAACCGGCUCACGGCCAAUUUCGGCAAGGCCGUCAUCGAUGACGCAUUCCGGGGGACUGACCGUGAGGCUGUUGAGAUGGCUCAGUUCCUGCUGCGCAACGAGGGGCUGUGGGUGGGUUCCUCAGCCGCCAUGAACUGCGUGGGGGCGGUCAAGGCCGCCCGGGCGCUGGGCCCGGGCCAUGUGGUGGUGACACUGCUGUGUGACGGCGGCCACCGGCACCUGUCGAAGUUCCAUAAUCCCGAGUAUCUGGCGCAGAUGGGCCUUACACCUCUCAGCAAGGGCCGGGAACUGGGCUUCGUGGCGUGA